GAAGGAAACCGCGGCCCGAAACUCCGCGCUGGUCCCUGUCACAAUCGUAACGUCACGAGAACUACUUUCAACUUUCUGCUGCCCUGCCCACUUUCUGCUUGCUUUCAAGUUUCUACUUCAACGAUGCCCAAAAUCAGCCUGCCGUCUUUGCCCAUUUCUUGUCUCUUUGGUGUCAGGAAGCCUUCUGGACCGAACUUCAAUGUCUGUCGUAAACGACAUACAAGCACUCGUCCAACAAUCGAAACUUUUUGUAGAGGCAUCAAAGCUAGAACAAGCUGCUGGUAAGAAAGCCAAGGGUCGCAAGCGAUUCAAGGGAAAUGUCAAGAUAGGACAAGGCGGUACACUUGAUCCACUGGCAGAUGGCGUUCUGGUGAUAGGUAUCGGGAAGGGUACCAAGCAACUAUCGUCUUUUCUUGAUUGUACAAAGGAAUAUAUAACGACGUGUUUAUUGGGAUGCGAAACCGAUAGCUAUGAUAGUGAAGGCGCUAUAGUUCGAACAGCACCAUGGAAACACAUUGUACGAGAGACGGUUGAGAGCAAAAUUGGUCAGUUCACAGGCCAAAUUCAGCAAGUACCUCCCAUAUUUUCUGCCUUAAAAAUGGACGGAAAGCCAUUAUACGAAUACGCCCGUAAGGGCAUACCCCUUCCUAGACCCAUAGAGCCUCGAGCUGUGACCAUACACAGUCUUGAGCUAGUUGAAUGGCUUGGGAGUGAUCAUUCCUUUUCUUGGCCUGCACAAAAAAUGUCCGAGGAAGAGAAGCUCUCCCUCAGGAAGGCUAUACAGAGUGUUGAUCAGAGUGUGGAUCUCAAGGAUGAACCAGAAUCGACAACGUCGGACUUGGAGAGGCCGUCUGCUUUUGUGCUGAAAAUGAAGGUCUCGGGCGGCACGUAUGUUCGAUCAAUCGUUCACGAUUUGGCGCACGCUGUAGGUCGGCAAGGGAAAUUUGUCCUGGAUCAGGAAGAAGAAGACGACCACGUCUGUAUGCCCUUCGAGGUGUUCACAGCAGAAAACAGCAAGGAAGUAGAUGAAGAAGGCUGGACGCGGUGGGAGAAAGAAGUAAUGGACCACCUACAGAUUGUUUCAACUUGA